AUAUACAGUUAUCUGUCUGAAACAAAAGCAGUCAGUACUCACAAAAAAGGAUAAACCUUUAAAGUACAGGAAAAUAUAGCGGAGGAGCGCAAGGACCAUGCACCACUUGAUUCAGGAGCCUCAGUUAAAAGAAAUCCAUGUGGAAACUGCUGAUAUUACUGGGAAGCUGGCCUGCGCAAGUACAGUGAAGCUAAAUGCCAAUGCCCAGGAAUUUGUGCCGCUUUAUAAGAGGGCAGAAUCUACCAAAGACGAAGCUAUGGUCGACCGCAAUGAUAUGAAGAAAACAGUGGAGGAUGAGCAGAAGCUAAAAUCUAACCUUACUUUGCCCUGGAAAGGAUUUCCCAAAAAGUCUGAAAAAUCUGCCCGCAGUGCCCAGGUAGUUUUAUUGAACGAUGUAGACUACAUGAUUCUCCCUUGCAUCAAGAGAGCGAAAAAGCCCAAGGAGGAGAAAUUACUUGUCGACUUGCCUCCACACACUGGUCCUAAGGAAAUGGCUCCGACUACUUCUUCCAAUGUGAUUCCAAGUACUUCUUCUCUAGCUGAAAAGCCCUUUGAUGUCGAGGAAAAGCGGCGUGAGCACGAGAGAAACGUGGCCUUAGAAGCCCUAAAAUUGUCGGAACAGCGCCGCUUGAGGGGACCUCUAAUCCCUCCGAUUCAAGGAGUUGAAAAUUCUGACAAGGUUCAGCCAGUUAUUCACCUCUCACGAUCCCCCAUACGAUUUACCCCGGAUGAAAGAGUAAAGGUGGAUCGUUUGAGGGCCGCGAAGAGGGAGCGUAUCGAGAGGAUCCUGCGGGAAAUGACAAAUGAGAAACAGGAGCAACUGAAGCUAGAGCAAUCGCAGCAGCAGAAGAAGAGUCGUUAUGAUGAAAAUGAACAAAAACCAUCCAUCGCCAUAGAACAGGAACCGGUGAAGAAAGUCGAGGUGGCCGAGGUGGUCCCCAAAAAGAGAUACAUACCGACCACCAAGGAGUGGGACGAGCAAUGUCGGGCCAAAUAUUUUGCCAAGAUGGGUGCAGAAAAAAAGAAUCAGGGCCUUACUUCAUUGCCAUCUCACAUCCAAACUCCAACUAAACCGCCUUUGGUUAACUCGAAUGUAGUCAACAUUACGGCAUCGGGAAUAAUCAGACUGGGCGAUCUCAGGGCCACAACGAAGCCUCGAUACUGUCCACCUGCUGAGCUCCUAGCUGCCGAGAAACGCAGGGGGAAUCUCACCCACUUCCGACCUCUGGCCAACUGGAACAUCCGUCGAAAUCCCCUGGCUCCGUUGAAGGAAUCAAUCAAUCAGAAGGGACACAUUGUGCAGCGCUAUAGCAUCGAGAAACUGUUGGAACUCGAACCGCAACCCGAAGAACUUGAAAAUCCGUCCCUGGAUGAGGCCCUGUGUAAUUUGGGAUUUUUGUGCGAUUGAUAUGAAUGUUAG